UGUCUUCUUUCUGUUUUUUUUUCCUUUCAAACUUUAGUGGAGCUGGACCAAAUUUUAUAUUGUUUGCGCCUUAUUGCGAUUCUUGUUGUGUUUUUGGAACUUCGGUUCAAGCAGCCUUUUCUGGAGCGUCCUUAUAGGGCCCCAGGAGGCCUCAUUGCGGCGUCACUUUGGGGUGGUGUGCCGAUUGCGUUCAGUGUUGUCCUCAUUGUGGUAUCGAUGUUUGGAAGCGUUGUACUCUUUUUUGGCACGGUUGUAUUGGUUGUUGGAACGAUGGUUAUUUCCUAUGUUGGGGUGCGUUUCUUUAGGCCGGAGGGGUUUGCGGGAGAGUUGGUUGAGGAGUACGAAGAUGCCGACAUGCAGACUUAUGGAACCGUCUUAGAACACGAGUCGAAUGAGUGGCGAAAAACUCAUCCGAACCACACAUUUAUCGACUGUGAAGUGUCGGAAGAUAAAGGCGGACAAAAACAUAAUUAA